GCUUACACGCAUCUCUCUCCCUCCAUUUAUCCAAUUUCGCAGUUUCCAUCAAUCCCAAUCCAAACCCAGUUUCCCUCUCUCUCUCUCGCUCUCUCUCAACAAUCACAGAAAUCCAUAGCUCCCACUUUUUCCCAUUCUACCUCUGCCCUUUUCUCCAAAUUCCAGUUUGACCAGCCACCAUGUAUAAUAUGCUGGUGAAUUGCUGCCACUGCCGCACCCCUCUCCAGCUUCCCCCCGGCGCCGAUUCCAUCCGCUGUGCAAUCUGCCAGGGUGUCACUAUAAUUGCGGACUCACGUGGCCUCCAUCAGCCUCCAGCCUCCCACGCGCCUCCACCUCCAGCUCCUUACUCUCACGCCCCGUCACCUCCCUCCCCCUACUGUCACGCGCCUCCAGGCCCUCCCCCCAACGCGCACGGGCGGAAGAAGGCUGUGAUCUGCGGGAUCUCGUAUAAGUACUCGAGACAUGAGCUCAAGGGUUGCAUCAAUGAUGCCAAGUGCAUGCGGUAUCUCCUCAUCAACAAGUUCCAGUUUCCAGACGAUUGCAUUGUCAUGCUCACCGAAGAAGAAACUCACCCUUCCAAGAUUCCGAACAAAUACAACAUUAGAAUGGCGUUACAUUGGCUUGUACAAGGCUGUCAACCAGGAGACUCCCUCCUGUUUCAUUACUCUGGUCAUGGUUCACAGCAAAGGAAUUAUAAUGGUGAUGAAAUUGAUGGUUUUGAUGAAACCCUUUGUCCCCUUGACUUCGAAACUCAGGGUAUGAUUGUUGAUGAUGAGAUAAAUGCAGCAAUUGUAAGGCCCCUUCCACCCGGGGUUAAGCUUCAUGCAAUAAUUGAUGCUUGUCAUAGUGGCACCGUACUAGAUUUGCCCUUCCUUUGCAGAAUGGACAGGGGCGGACGAUAUGUAUGGGAGGAUCAUCGCCCUUCAUCAGGCAUGUGGAAAGGAUCAGGCGGUGGAGAAGUCAUUUCCUUCAGUGGUUGUGAUGAUGAUCAGACGUCUGCUGAUACAUCAGCUCUAUCGAAGAUCACAUCAACAGGUGCUAUGACUUUCUGCUUCAUCCAAGCAAUUGAGCGUGGACAAGCGAGUACCUAUGGAAGCAUACUCAAUUCUAUGCGCUCUACCAUUCGAAGUACGGGUACGGGUGGUGGUGGUGGUGGUGGAGGCCUUGGUGGCGGCAGAUUAACAUCUCUCCUUGGUGGUGGUGGUGGUGGUGGCGGUGGUGCUGUGACAUCCCUAGUCAGCAUGCUUCUGACAGGAGGCAGUGCUACUGGCGGGCUUAAACAGGAACCGCAACUAACUGCCUGCGAGCCAUUUGAUGUGUAUACUAAACCUUUCUCCCUAUGAUUCUUUUCUGUCUACAUGCAGAUUAACAUAUAUAUAUAUAUAUAUAUAUAUAUAUAUAUAUAUUGCGAAAAGAAAAGGUAAUUUAGGUCUAGAUUCUGGAGGGAGGAUACAAAUCCUUUGAUGAGUAAUAAAUAGAUGAACGCAUUUUUUUAUUGUUGUGGUGAAACAAUGGCAAUUGUAAAUUGUGAUUUUGUGUCCGUUUACUUGUUACUGUUCUCUUCUUAACAGGUUAGUAUGUAUAGCAAAAUCUUGUAUUGUGUUUUUGGCUAAUCACUUUAGAACUUUGUUUUGCAUUA